UAGGAGGAGUUGCAAAGGGCAAAUGUCAUCACUGUGGUAAGGCAGGCCACUGGAGAAGAAACUGCAAGACAUACCUCGCAACCAAGAAGAAGGAAGGUACGACCAUUUCUUCUGAGGUGUAUGUUAUAGAAGUUAACAUGUCUAUAUCUUCAUCAUGGGUACUAGAUACUGGAUGUGGGUCUCAUAUCUGUACUACCAUGCAGGGACUGAAGCAGAGUAGACGGUUAGCUCGAGGCGAGAUUGAACUCCGAGUCGGCAAUGGUGCACCUGUGGCUGCUUUGGCAAUCGGAACUUAUAGUUUAGUCUUGCCUAGUGGUCUAAUGUUGGAAUUAAACGAUUGCUUGUACGUUCCUGCAAUUAGCAGAAACAUUAUUUCUGUUUCAUGUCUUGAUAAGAGUGGUUUCAUCAUUUCUAUUAAAGACAAGUCCCUUUCCGUUUACAGAAAAAUUGUUUUCUAUGCUAAUGCCAACAUGACCAAUGGGUUAUAUGUCCUUGACUUGGACAUGCAUGUCUAUAACAUAUCAGCCAAGAGGAACAAACCGAACGAAUCAUUCUGGGGGUAUGCGCUGAGCACUGCAAUAUAUACUCUUAACCGAGUUCCAACCAAGGUGGUUGAAGGAACACCAUACCAGCUAUGGAUGGGCAAAUGCCCGGUUUUGUCACACUUAAAGAUUUGGGGCUGUGAGGCUUAUGUCAAACGUCUUAUGACGAAUGGGAAGCUUGACACCAAGUCUUAUAAGUGUUUCUUCGUGGGAUACCCAAAGGAAGCUCGAGGGUAUUCAUUCUAUCACCCUAUCGAUAAGAAGGUAUUCGUUGCUCGCAAUGGUGUCUUCCUCGAGAAGGAAUUUCUCUCCAACGCAACUAGUGGGAGAAAGAUAGAGCUCGAAGAAAUUUGAGACGAUGAAGAAACUACCGCGCCGGUUCUGGAACAUGAGCUAGAGGAACAAACCGUUGUACCUCAAAAUGCUCAAGAUACACAAGAACCCCGUAGGUCUAACCGGUUACGCACACAACCUGAAAGCAAUUUCCUAAAUAUACUUUAUUAUAAAAUGAAGUCUUGAUUUUUAAUAUACACACAACUUUCGGCCAUCCCAAUUUGAGAGAGAAGAAAAUUUUAUUUUGUGUUCAAAGUUAUUUUUCUAAAGUGUUAGAAAUAUACACAAAAUAUUAUAAACAAAUAUUUAUAAGAUAAAUAUUUUACUAUAUAUUUAUUACUCCCAAAGUAGUAUUAUUAUAGUUUUUACUAUCCUAUAUUAAACUUGCUAGCACAAGUUUAAUCUUGGACUCCGGAGCAAGUUCGUGUGGAUACGUUGGAGGCUUCAUACGUUUGGCGCUACGUUCAUCUCCUCAAAACCAUCCCCGACCGUUCCUCCGUUCUUCGUUUUCACCGUUAAGGUAAAUUUGUUACUAUAGCUAGUAAUUUACCUAGUUG